UAAUAAGUUAUAGUAGGUAAGUCAUCCGCGUAUUCUCUGUUGAAUGUUUCAAAUGCAGUUUUGAUGCAAAUAAUAUUUUCGAUACUUGAGUGUACAAACUUUUUGUACUAUUUUAUUCAAUUACAUAAUAUGAUCUAGUCAAUAGGUAAUCUGCCAGUGAAACAUUUAAGUAACAUUUAUUUCUUUAGCUUUAACCUCAAGACGAUAUAAUUCGAGCGCGACCAUGCAAUUAUUGGACAAAUUUCAAUUCAUCUUCAUCUUGUUGUCAUGUGUUAUAUUUUUUAACACGUGUGAUUAUGUCACUUGUCUGGAUACUUCGCAAAGAAUUAAAGAAUUCGGAUAUCCGUUGGAGACGUAUGAAGUAUGGACCGACGAUAGGGCUCAUUUGGGCUUAGAACGAAUACCGCAUAAUGGCAACAAAGUUAUCGGAAGACCCGUUCUUUUAAUGCACGGAAUGUUUUCAGAUUCAGUUGUAUUUGCAGUACAGAACUCGUCACUUGGUUUCGUACUGUCGGAUGCCGGUUUUGACGUUUGGUUAUACAAUUCCAGAGGUACGGGUCUUUCAAGAACACUCAGUAUUUAUAAGGGACCUGGAUCACUACCAAACAUGAAUAGAGUAUCGUGGGAUUUUAGUUUUCACGAAUUGGGUGUCUACGAUUUGACCGCAGUUAUAGAUUUCAUUCUGAAAAAAUCGGAAUAUUCUAAACUGGACAUUGUUGGGUACUCCUUAGGAGCAACUGUAGCCUUUGUUGGCUUGUCCGAUAAGCCAGAGUACAACGAUAAGGUCAACAAACUUGCACUCAUAGCCCCAGCGACUAAUUUUAAGACAUCGCCGGUCACUGCUAUUGUCAAACAGUUUUCAGAAAUUAUAUUGAUAAUCUUGAAUGGAUUCGAUUUCUUCCCAUUUACCGUGGAUCCAGACACUACGUUAAGUAAAUUAAGAAACAUGUGUGCAAAUGAAAGCGUCUUAAUGAGUUGUAAGAGGUUUAUCGAUGUAUUGGAUGGAGUUGACUUACCCAUCGACAAAAACUCCGUUUUGGACUUUGCUGCUGCAUUUCCACAGCCAGUGUCAUCUAAAUUGUUGAAACAUUACCUUCAAGUAGUAAUGAAAGACAAACUUAGUCAUUACGAUUAUGGGACUUCUGGAAAUUUGCUGCGUUACAAUAAAAUAAUACCACCAGAUUAUGAUCUGUCCAAAGUUACAGUGCCCACAUUUGUUAUAAAUUCAAAAGCUGAUUAUCUAACUACAUCAAAGGACGUAAAAAGGCUCGCAAAUUUGUUACCAAAUAUUAAGGAAGUACGUUAUAUUGACCAAGUACAAGGUGGUCAUCUCAGCCUUGUAAUAAAUCCAAAUACAAAAGAAAUCGUGAACUCGUUUAUAGUAACUACAUUAUUAGAUUAAAGUCUAUGAUCUUACAGAAUGUGUUUAUUUAUGUCAAUGUGAUGUAUUUUAAUUGUUAAGGAACAAUAAUAUAAGAAACCUACAAUAUUGUAAUGCACAUUGUGAGUAUAACGUUGUACUUUGAAUUACAUGAUUGAAUCAA